AUGGAUUUACCAUCCGAAAUCAAGAAGCCACAUGCUCUCCUGAUGCCAUUUCCAACACAAGGUCACAUAAACCCGUUUCUAAAACUAGCAAAGCUGCUCCACACCAAAGGAUUCCACAUAACCUUUGUGAACACUGAGUUCAACCACAAACGCCUGCUAAAGUCAAGAGGCCCUAAUGCCCUCAAUGGUUUCCCACAUUUCCACUUUGAGACCCUUCCUGAUGGUCUCCCUCUCACCAACAUUGAUGCUACUCAAAGCAUCUCAGCUUUGUGUGACUCUACAAGAAAGUAUUGUUUCAUCCCAUUCUGCAACCUCAUUUCAAAACUUAAUCACACUAGGUCUUCUGUUGCUCCUCCAGUGACAUGCAUUAUCUCAGAUGGUAUCAUGUCCUUCACAAUCAAAGCUUCUCAACAGUUUGGGUUGCCCAACAUGCUUUUUUGGACUCACAGCGCUUGUGCUUUCAUGAGCUUCAAAGAAUGCAAGAAUCUCAUGGAGAGAGGCCUAACACCGCUUAAAGAUGCAAACUAUUUGACAAAUGGCCAUUUGGACACCAUCAUAGACUGGAUUCCUGGCAUGAAGAAUAUUACUCUACGGGAUCUUCCUGGCAUCUAUCGUACCACAGAUCCAAAUGAUAUACUCUUGGAUUUUGUGGUAGAACAAAUUGAAGAAGCUUCACAAGCUUCUGCUAUUAUUCUGCCCACUUUUGAUGCCUUGGAGGUUGAUGUGUUGAAUGCACUCUCCACAAUGUUUCCUAAACUCUUAACCUUAGGCCCGCUUGAGUUGCUCCUUGAUCAAGCCACGGAGAGAAAAUAUGAAUCUAUUAAAUGUAAUUUGUGGAACGAAGAGUAUGAGUGCAUCAAAUGGUUGGAUUCACAGCAACCCAAUUCGGUUCUCUAUGUGAAUUUUGGUAGUGUUAUAGUCAUGAGACACCAUCAACUUGUUGAAUUGGCCUGGGGACUAGCAAAUAGCAAGAAAAAGUUCUUGUGGGUGAUUAGGCCUGAUUUAGUUGAGGAUGAGGCCCCAAUCUUGCCACCGGAUUUUGUAGCUGAAACCGAAGACAGAGGUCUAAUUGUGGGGUGGUGUCCCCAAGAGCAAGUUCUGAAGCACCCUGCAGUGGCAGGAUUUUUGACUCAUUGUGGUUGGAAUUCCACACUUGAAAGCAUAAGCAAUGGGGUGCCUUUGAUCUGUUGUCCAUUUUUCAAUGAUCAAAUUCUCAAUUGCAGGUAUAUUUGUUGUGAAUGGUCUUUUGGCAUGGGUAUGGAUAGUGAUAAUGUUAAAAGGGAUGAAAUGGAGAAGCUUGUGAGGGAAUUAAUAGAUGGUGAAAAAGGUAGGGAUAUGAAGAAAAAUGCAAUUGAGUGGAAGAAAAUGGCAGAAGCAGCUACCAACACUAAUGGUUCAUCCUUUUUGAAUUUGGAAAAACUGGUGAAUGAGUUACUGCUUUCCAAGACAUAG